UGUUGUUGCAGAACUGCCACCACCUUAUCUGAAUUCGCCUUGGGUAAUUCUUUAUGGAAAUAUAUUUAUGUUUACAUUAUAGAAUUGUAAUAUUUAAAAUAAUGCCCUUAACAGCGGAAAUUGCUGCACAACAAAUACAGGAACGCCUCAAGGAUAUUCAACGUUUAAUACACUUAAUUGAUGAUGAACGUCGCCGUUCUGAAGCAAAUAUAAAUAGUUUAAAUAGAGCUCACCAUAGCAAUUUACCGGUUCAGAAAAUAAAAAGUUUGCACAAAAUUUGUUUACAAGAUGCAUCUAUCGAAGAAGAAAGCAUUCGAAAAGCUCUGGAAAAAAUACAGGAAAUUCGAAAUAUAAGAAAUGAACGUCGGAUACAAGCUCGCAAUGCUGGAAAUAAAGAAGCUAUUAGAAGAGGAGCUCUUAUGAAAAUGGUACAGAUAUCAGCGCAGACACUGCCAUUGUUUGUGAGCAAACCGGGAGAAAAAGUACCUCCUCUUUGUGGGGCUAUCCCAGCUGAAAGCCACUACAUUGCUAAAGUUGGUGAUAAUGUAGCUGCACUUGUGAAAGGUGUGGAAGAUGAAGAAAAUUGGAUACUGGCAGAGGUUGUGCAAUUUCUGAACAGACAAAAUAAAUAUGACGUUGUAGACAUUGAUGAAGAACAAAAAGAUAGGCACGUUUUAAGUAAAAGAAAAGUUAUACCACUGCCUUUGAUGAGAGCCAAUCCUGAAACAGAUGGACAUGCACUUUUCCCAAAAGACACUGUUGUUAUGGCAUUGUAUCCCCAAACUACAUGUUUUUAUAAGGCCAUCAUUCACAGAUUACCGCAGACGGCUACUGAAGACUACGAAGUUUUAUUUGAGGAUUCCUCGUACACGAAUGGUUACGCAGAACCUUUACCCGUAGCACAACGGUAUGUUAUAGCUUAUAAACCUACAAAAAAAAUCGGUGGUACCGUUAGUGGAGGAAGUGGAAGUGUUUCUUCGGCAUAAAUUCAUGAAAUGUAUACAUUUAUUCAAAUAUAAACGAAUAAACAAAGUAAAUCUUAGCCUAA